ACUCAAGCCAGCCACCGGAAAACUGACCCACAAAGCCUGCACGUACCGGAAAACUUACCCACAUAACCGCCCCUUGUUGAAUAUUCGACCUGAAAACUGACCCACAAAGCUUCUUGUACCUGGAGACUGAUCCACAUAACCUCCCCUCGCGACUGGAUAACUACUAACAUAGCUUCCCCUGCCACAAAGUAUCCUACAUUGCCUUCCUCUCCCAAAACUGACUCGCAAAGUUUCCAUGCAGGAAGUUUGAGCUGAAAACUGACCCACAUGACCUUCUCCUGUUAGAAAUUUGGUCCGACAACCGACCAAUAUAACCUUCCGGUGCUGGAAAUUGGACAAGGAAAGCGACUUGAAAUAGCCUUCCCCUGCUGGGAAUUUGGCUGGAAAUCACCUGUAUAGCUUUUUCAUACCAGAAUCCAGCGAGCAUGGAGCAACCCAAUGCGUGCCGGAAAACUCGCCUGCAUAGAUCGAAAUCGGACCCAUGUAAACCACGGUACAAGGGUAUCAGGCAACGACAAUGGGGGAAGUGGGUGUCUGAGGUUCGGAUUCCCAAAACAGGAGAGCGACUAUGGCUCGGUACUUAUAACAAUGCAGAGGCUGCAGCCACGGCUCACGACACCGCAAUGCUGUGUUUGCGAGGCCCAAUAGUGGCCCCCAAGUACUUGAACUUCCCAAAUUUCUCGAUUGAGGAUUCAAAUUUACCAAAUGGAAGCUCGAACUUUUUGGCGGGAAAUUCAAAUUUUUCCAUGGUGGGUUCCUAUAUGAACAGGUCCCCAACAUCUAUAAAAGCGGCUGCAAGGGAUGCUGGAGCUGCUGCUGACGCCGAGCUUGAGAGAAGAUUGCGAGAAACCGGCAUCGGGUGCGCCGUAGAUAGUGGGACACAUGGGGAGAGAACGCCCCUAUCUAACGCACCAUUAUCUGUUGAGGAAGAUUACUUGGAGGAUUAUUUGAGAAGCAAGGGUGAGGGAGAUGGACUGACUUUCUCUAUUGAUGAUAUAGAAAUCUACAUGUAACUCUCAUGCUUAGAUGAAGUAAUACUUAGAUGAAGUAAUAUUAAUAUUGUAAGACGA